GAAGAGUGCCAAUGCAACAAUCCCAUGAUUAGUCGAACCGCCCAAGGAGAGUGAUCUCUCUCGCCAUGCCCGCGCGAGCAUGUACCGCACCAACGAUCCUCGAUUUCGCCGGCGCAUCAAUGACUUUACGCACACGCUCGAGUCCGCCAACGAGGCCACGCAAAGCGGCCUGUACAUCUUCAUCCAGACCUAUGUGCGGCCAUGUUGCGAGAGCGUCGCAUCCUGCUUCACCACGUGUAUCGAUGCCAGCUGUCCGAGCGUGAAUCUGAGCCAGCGCGACCGCACACGGCGACAGCGCGCGCGCGGCCAGACCAGAGGCCGCGCCGAGCUGAGCUUCGACUUUUACGAUGACUGGGACGAGGACGAGAACGAUGGCCUGUUAGGCUGGGGCAAUGACGAGUUUGAUAGACUCGUAGCAGGUAGUGGAGCGCAUAGCUAUGGGACUGUCGAUGCGCAACCGGGUAGGCAGCGAGGCAUGUCAUAUCCCAAGACGCGACGGAAAAGUCUCGUGGACGGCGAAGACCCUACCGUGAUUCCUGGAAGCAGUGGUGGCUUCUUGCGCCGACUCUUCGGCGGCAAAGAUCUGCGAUACAAGCCCAGCGCGGCGGAUUUGCAAGAACAUCCGGGAGCAAGAAGCACGAAAACACGAACAAGAAGGGCUGGACACGAGAGUGAGGCCCUGCUGGACGAUGAUGAGUUGGCCGCCGGGCGAGGCAAAACUCGUGCGAGAAGCGGGACGCAAGGCAGCCACAACACCACGAGCAGCUACAGCAGCAGAGGGGACAUAUUUCCAAGUGACGAGGAGGAUGAUGCCAUCCCGCUGGACGAUGAGUUUGCCAUGGUGUUAGAGCGAAGGGCCACCUUGACUGGCCUGGAGACAGAAAGCAGUUCGGGCAAGACAGCACCUGCCAAGCGAGGCAAGCGGCCUUCUGCUGGUAGUAGGACUUCCACAAGGACGUUUUCUUCGCGAAGUACUCGAAGCGGAGGAGGCAGCGGCAGGAAGAGGAGGAGUCGCACAAACAGCCAUGCUCCCGCCUCUCACUCCAAUGUGGCCGAAGAAUACGAGUCUCCACGAGAACGAACGCCUUAUGCCGACCUGGAGCGGCAAGAGGCGCGAGCUGCCGCCGAAGAGGAAACCGACAUGCUUCGAAAGUCGGCAGUUCAACUUCUAGAUCAUCGUGGCCUUGGCGACCAGGAUCUGAGCAGCAAGGAAGCUACCCCACGGAGUACGACUCCAGCUGUUGCAACAACCGAGCCUGCCACGACUACAUGUGCUCAACAAGGGGACCAGGGACCACUGAAACAAACAUCUGUGACGCCGUGUGAUGACCAGGAAGUAGCACCAGGGCCAGCUAUUCGCGAUGACUGAGACUCUGGAACAGUCGGUGAAGAGAACCGCAGAGUACCCUUUUUUGUUGUUGUAUGAAAUGCGUUACAGCGAGGCGUUUGGGGAACUGGCCCAUCUUUUUUUUUUUUGAAAGCAUGAUGGAUGAC